CCAACACACGAGAAAGACGCACAGAACUCGCUCUCGCACCACCACAAAGCCCCAAAACCCCUCACUGAUCUCACACGAGAAAGACCCACUCCGAAUCUCCUCUCUCUCGCACCGAGCUCAGUCCCACUCACUCCGAAUCUCCUCGCUCACAGAUUCGAUUCAUUGAGAGAGAUAAGUUCUUGGAUUGAUUUUCAAGAAGCACUCAGAUUGGUUCUUUGUGUCAAUUGGAAUAGUGGGCUGUGAUAUAUGUUCACUUUUUUGGGGUGGGUUUUUAUGAUCUGAGUUUCUUUAAUCGAUGAAUUCUGAGAUGGGUUUCACAUUCUUUUGAUGGAUUACUAAGGUUUUAAAACCCCUUUAUUUUGGGGGCUUUGAAGAAGCUGCUUACCAUGUUUGAUUAUUCUUGUGGGGAUUUAGUUUGAAACAUUCUGGAGAUAGAAGAGAGAAAGUAAAAGGGGGUGUUAGAGAUGGGGAAGCCUUUGUUCUAUGAGAUUUUGGAAAAGCCGGCCACAAGUUGUAUUAUAGGAAUAUGUUGUGCAAUAUGGUUUUACAUACAGAAGAAAAGCAUUGGGUAUUCACAUGUGGGUUUGAGUUAUGAAACCGCCAUUGAAGGGCACCAUUGGAGGAUAAUAACUUCGGCUUUCUCCCAUAUAAGUAUUCUUCAUCUUGUUUUUAAUAUGAGUGCACUUUGGAGUCUGGGGGUAGUGGAACAGUUGGGGCAUGUUGGCCUUGGUGUGGAAUAUUAUCUUCAGUAUACGUUGGUCUUGGUUAUAUUAUCAGGUGUGUUAGUUUUGGGAAUGUACCAUAUACUAAUUCAAAGAUUUAAGAUUGAGUAUUUUCGGAGAGUGACAGCUGUUGGAUAUUCUUGUGUUGUUUUUGGGUGGAUGACAAUUCUAUCUAUGAAGCAACCUUCUUCAAAGUUGGAACUUUUUGGAUUUCUAUCACUUCCGAUUAGCUUCGCGCCAUUUGAGUCUCUUAUUUUUACUUCAAUUAUUGUUCCACAAGCAAGUUUUCUUGGACACUUGUCAGGAAUCAUUGUUGGGUAUGCUAUUGCUUGGGGUUUAAUCCAUGGAAUGAACAAUUACUGGGCGGUUUCCAUGUUGGGCUGGAUUGUGCUUGUGUUUGUGUUUAGUUUGAAGCGAUCCAGUGCAUAUGAUUUCAACUUUCUUGAGAUUGAAUCUGUUACAGAUCCUUCCUUGCCUUCUGUGCGGUUUCUUGCAUCAGGUAAUGGUAGAACCUUGCAGAUGAGUGCUUUACCAGUUGGAGAUGUGGAACUUGUGUAAUUUCCAGUCAAGAUUUUUUCAUAUAGUUGGAUGUGGGCUCGACUCACUUUGGAGUUUUGUUUUUGUAUGAUUUUGAUUUUCCAAACUAGAUGAUUACAUGUAAAACUGUUAUAAAGUUACGAGUGGUAAUGCAAGUUUUUAGGUGCAACUCUUCAACUCAUUUGAGUGGCAUGUGCUUGCUGGUGCUAUUCAAUGCAUUAUAGAAGUUUUUUGGUUGUGGUUAGUUAGCAAAAUACGUUAUUGUCAAUUGGAUUUGUAGCUCUGCUUAGUUGAAUAGCUUCUGCAGAAUGUUACCAUUGCUUUGUCUAAGAAAUGAAAGUGAAUUUGUUUAUUAUGA